CCUUAGAAGGAUAAAGCUCUGAAGCUCCCUCCUCUCUCCACCCCCUCCUUGUGUCUCAGAGCUUUUGGUUAUUCUAGCUGCAGCCAAACCAAGCUUAGGGCAGUGCAAAGGAAGGAGCAGGAGCCGGCUGCUUAUAAGUUGUUUUAGGUCUGGAAAUGCCAUUCUGCAGUCGAAAGUGUAUCUCUCUCAGUUCAUAAUCUCACUACAUCUCCAGAGACAAGGAACUGACCUUACAAGGAGCCAGGCAAGGAACUGACCUUACAAGGAGCCAGGCAAGGAACUGACCCUGCUGUGUUGCUCAGAAUGGGCCUUACUCUAUAAACCAAGGGCACUUGACCUCUACAUUUAGGAUGGAGAUGCUAAGACGAUCUUCUGUUUUUGCUGCUGAGGUUUUCGAGGCAUUUGACAGAUCCCCAACUGAUAAGGAGCUGGUUUCCCAGGGCAAAGCCAUCUGCAGGGACUUUAUUCAGGCACGACUUCAGCGAGCUGGACUUGGAUGGAGCAAACCAGAACAUGGGAUGUCAAAUACAUCAGGCAGUCGUUUAGCAGAUAUAUCCACCACCUUCUUGAGGCUGGGGGACGAGCUGGAGUACAUGAGACCGGCUGUGUACAGGAACAUUGCACGGCAGCUGAACAUAUCUCUGACCUCUGAGACUAUUUUAUCAGAUGCUUUUCUUGCAGUGGCAGCUGAGAUAUUCACAGCAGGUAUUACGUGGGGUAAGGUGGUGUCAUUAUAUGCAGUGGCAGCUGGUCUAGCAGUGGACUGUGUGAAGCAGUCUCAGCCGGCACUAGUUCUGAUAAUUGUGGACUGUUUGGGAGAAUUUAUUCGAAAGACUCUUGUUACUUGGUUAAAAAGGAGAGGAGGAUGGGCGGAUAUCACGAAAUGCGUUGUCACCACAGAUCCAGGUCUUCGGGCUCAUUGGUUGGUUUCCAGUGCUUGCAACUUUGGCCACUUUUUGAAAGCAGUGUUUUUCUUCGUUCUCCGUGAGCGAUAACCACUGCCAUCUUUUGAAUUUGCCUGGGAUUUUUGCCUAAAAUGGAUGCAAAGUGGGCAUUGUGCCUGGACAUAAUUUGUUACAGAGAUGCCACUGUCCGAUGGCUUUUCUUAUCAUCUGUGUUUAUUCUGACCAAGACUGGCAAACAAAAAGUCAUUGUAAAACACACCUUCUAAAUAAUUUUGAACCAAAAACGACGGCUCAUAAUAAUAUGCAGUUUUAAACUA